AUGAGGAAAAGAGGGUCCGGGGCGCUGGGGAGUUGGGGAGACGAUGGAGCGACGGGUAGAGCAGCUUGGGCCGAGCCGCGGGGGUGGAAUCCAGACGCCGGGCGGGGGAGGGGGCGGCGGGACGGUGGGUGGGGGCCACCAGGCGGCGCCGGAGACCACCAAACUUUACAGCGAGCGAGCCUGCUUCCUGGAGGGAGUGCAGACAAGGACCAGGAGCGGGAGCCGAGUCUCGCGGCCCGGGGCACGGCGCCGCCCGCCCCUCCCCGGCAGUGCCUCCUGACCCCCUGCCCUCCGCUGGGAUAUGGCCUGAGGCCCCCCGCCCGCCGCCCGGGACCCCUCCCCCACGCUGCCCCGGGACCCUUGCCCCAGGAUCGCGGGGUCUCCUCCCGGCCCCACUGCCCGCCCCGGCGAGAACAGGCCCGGCGGGCAAGGCGGCGGCGGACCGAGGGAGGCCUGGCCCGGCAGCGGGGAGAAGGGCGCGGCGCAGCCCGAGUUUCCCACCUUUUCUCCUGGCCCAGACGCGGCUGGGGCGGACGGGACCUCUCGCGCUCUGCCUCCUCCUCCUGCUUCAUGGAGCCAUGCGCCUGGGUGGGGGCUCCUGAGAGAAGCUGGCCUGCGGGCGGGCCGGACGCGCUGCGCGGACGGGGCGGGGCGAAGGAGGCCGGCGGGCGGAGGAGGAAGCGGCGGGGCGGCGGCGGCGGCCGGGAAGAACUAGAGGUAUUCCCCGGGCGGCUGGAGGACUGAGUCGAGCCGGGACUCGAGUCCUCCGGUAUCCCAGCAGCCACCGGAGGCAGUGAGGUAAUGGAGGAAGAAUGUAGGGAGUCCUCCAGUGGACCACACUCCCUCUAGCGAUCCGCGGAAACCAUAGAGAUCACGGCUCAGCCGGAGGGCCGGCCCACUGCUGUCACGUGGCCUUCAUCCGUGUGCUUUAUUGGCUGGUGCCGGCUCUACGGGGUUGAAUUUUGGACGCUGCCUGCCAUUCGUGGGGCCGAGUUUCAGGCAGCUGGAAUAAAGAGAGACAUCGGGGGAAAGCCGCGAGAAGGCCAGCGUCCCUGGCCGGGCGCAGAGCUAGCGGAGUAGGGCACCCGGCUGUCAAACUGGCCGGCGCAGUGCACGCUGGGCCGCCCCGGAGCGGUCGCAGAGCCCGCCGGGAGUCGUAGUCCGGGACGGGCCCGCGGCAUGGUCCGCGACGCAGCUCGGGAUCCGAGUCGGGUGGUCCGCGGGGUUGCUGCCGGGCACCGUCGUGCGUUAGCCACCCAGCGUGGGGCUGCCAGCGGCUGUUCUUCCUAACCACCCUCGCUCACGUCGCCUCGUCUCGCCUCACCUGACCGGCCGCAGCCUUGGAUACCAGCCUUAAAUCGAGCCGACGACGGCCCAGCCCCGCCUGCGGCGAGGUGCGCGGGGUUCGGUGCCAGUCGCUCGCCCCUGGCCGGGCCAGCCUCUUGAUGCACCGGGGACGGGCGCGCCCACCCGACUCUUCGAGGGGCGGCAGGGCCCCAUCUGUGUCUUUCGCUCCCGAGCCCCCAGCUAGAGUUGGCUUCAGCGGAAUACCUACUGUGCAGGAUUAUUCAACAAGCCGAUUGAUCACAUUCUUCAGCUCUAGCAGGGCAAAGGCUUCACUCAAAAAGAACAUUACAAAUUUUUUUGAGAGAAAUUUGGGGGUAAAUUUAAUUUUAAAUACUGAUUUUUGAUAACAUUUGAUCUUAUGACAGCAUUUGUAUUUUUAAUUACAGAUAGGAUUACACUAAAAGUCAUUUCUGACCUGUUCCCUUACCCUUAUGGCUAAAAUAAACUGUUAGGCCCUGAAGCAAAGGCGAGCCAUGUUCUAGAGCAAUGUCUUUCUUGUAUUAAAAAACGGCCCCAUGCUCACAUAUAGGCUGUUUUGUGUUUUGCUUUUCUGUUGAUGCACAAAGGAAUCCUUGAUAUGUUUGUCCUCAAAGACCAAAGACAAGUAUCUAGUAAAAAAUGCAAAUCAUAUCUAACAGUGAAGCUUUCCAGCAAAAACCUUCUGCUCUAGAAUGCAUAAUUAUGCGAGCAUAAGAUCUAGUACUCCAGACUUUUAGCAUAAUUACCUAUAGGCAGCAAAACCCUAGUCAAUUGAGUGUCUGGUGCCUCUUGGACCUGGACUUCUCAAAGAGAAUGGGCAAGGAGGACGAAGAGGAAGAGACAGCUAUGUUUUGUGAAACAGGAGGUGACUUUAAAAAAAAAUUCUAUAGCGGUCUUCUUAAUUCCUGUCACAGACUUGAUGUGCUUAUCUGCUGUUGACGCCACGGUUGCCAGUUUCUAACCUUCUCUGUCUGCCUGAAAAACUAGAAAUUAGAUGAUCACAUCGCUUCUCGGCCUUUUGGCUAAGAUCAAGUGUAGAUGAUCAUAUGGCCUGGAGCCAGAAGUGCAGGAGGCAGAAAGCCAGGGGCCAGUUUUUUUCUUUUUGUUUCUGAAUAAGAAGGCCAAAUCCUGACUUAAAAUAAUCAAAAUAAAUUUUACGGAGUGACGGUCUUUCCAGCUGAAAGCCUUAAAACAUGGCAUCUGGAAGAAGGCCUUACUCUAUUGCUCCCAGGAUGGUACUAUAUAGUCAUUAAACAGCCCACAGAUAAGGGAGUUAUUGCUCCCUCGUUAUUGGGCUGCCAGGAAUUAAAUGAUGGAACUAAGUUUCACUUGAAACAUUCCCAAAUUAAAACAAAAACAAGCCUUGCUUUGAGCUGUUGAAAAGGCAUUUUACUGAGAAGAUCCAGAUGCUAUUGCUGUUCUUAAAUGAUGUUGAAAGGCAAAGGGUCAGGACUUUCAAAAAGUCACUUCGAGGUCACCUCACGUAAGCAAGCAACAGUUUGAACUGAUGCAAAAAUAAACAGAAUGAAAUUAUGAACAGGAGGAAGAAACUAAAAUGAGGGCAGUAUAUGCCAUAAAUAUGGAAGAGGCUGUCUCUUAUUUAUCUUCUCAUUUCCUGUACAUAAUACAGAAACCUGGUAUGUAAUAGGCAUACAAUUAUUUGUGGCCUGACUGAAUAAAUGAAGAAGGAAACCAGCAA